CGGAGAGCAGCGGAGUGUUGUAUCAGGUCUGGUGCGCAGAGGACGCAGACGCUCGCUCUUCUGUCUGCGACUGAAGGGAAACAGACUGAGGUGUCUGAGCUCCGCAUUUCAGCAGCAGAACGAUUCAACGAAGAGAAUUUUAUUUAGGAAAGGAACAUUUGCAGAACCGCUGCGCAAAGACGCGCGCAAGAGCCGUUUAAGACGGUACAGUGUAACCAAGAAGGGACUGAGAAUCAGGGGACACGCUCCUUUUUUAACACGUCUCGAUCCAUCUGUUUUCUCUCGUCGUAUCGGAUUCUCCUAAACCUUUUCAGAUCGAAUGAGAACAUUUUUCAACUUUUGCUGUUAUCAAUGAAAGAAGCCACUUCGGCUCCUUGUUUGACUGAAUUUCUCUUCAUGGAUUUGGUCUUCUGAGCGGCCGAUUGGACUUUGUCCCGGCGGUCACAGCUUCUUUCCCGGUCACCAGGAGCUUCCGGCAGCUGUCGUUCAUGUAGCAGGGGCUCCUUAUUUUUAUGGAUAUUAAAAAUUUAAGUCGGAUACACAAACGUUGAAAGCUGCUCACGAACUGUUUUUUUGGAGAAGGAUACCCAAAAUUCCAAAUGAGGAUUUCAAUAUUCCCUCGUGGCGACCAGGUCAAGGAGUGAUUUCCCCCUGGUGCCAGUCAUCCCCGUAAAGACAGACCGGGAGGGAAGAUUUUCAGCUGAACUGUUCGAAGUUUCUUGACUGAUAGCCGCGCGCACACGUGAACACUGAUCCAGAUUUAGAGACUUUUGUGGGUUCCUGAACUUGCCAAUGCCAGGAACUGGAGCGUGAGGCCCACUCCAGGCUUACAACUUCUACUUUUGCCUUUUAAUCAAAAGACAGACAUCAAAUCUAGAAGAUGGCAAAGGGCUUCAUGUUCUGUGUUCUCCUGCUCUGUUUUGUGGAUAGAAUCACACUCAGAGCAGUUGAUGACAUCAGAACUAAAGAUCUUCGAGUGUCCAGGCCUUUGAUUGUGCCAGGUUACCUAGAGAACGCUACAGUGGAGGUGGGGGGCCAGGUGAAAUUCGUGUGUAAAGUUCACAGGCCAGCAUCCACCAAGGUGCAGUGGCUGAAGACAGAUGUCAGUAGCCCAGGGCGAAACCAAGGAGGACCUCCUCGCAUCAAGGCCCUGACACCUCUGCAGAGCAAUGGGUCCAAGGUGAACACUCUCCAUCUGUCCAAUAUCACUAUGGAGGAUGGGGGCGAGUACAUCUGCUUGGCUGAGAGCUUCCAUGGGGGUCAGACAGUUCCAGCAUGGCAGUCAGCAUGGCUGGAGGUCCUGCCUGGUACCAUCAUUUCUCAAACUGUGGAUCUGCCGGCUGAAGAAAUCCCUUCAGAAGUUCUUGAGGACCUCAGCGAGGACACUAUAGAGCAUCUUCUGUUGGAGCCGGGCAAUGUCCUGAAGCUGCGCUGUGACGUGAGCACCCGGCCCGGCAUGGCGGUUAACUGGUACAAGGAGGGAGUCCGGCUUCUCCCCACUCCUCGAAUCCAGAUGCGCGGGGCCGUCAUGGAAAUCACAGAUGUGACCUACAAGGAUUCAGGCGUGUAUGUGUGUGUUCUCCGAGGAACCAAAGAUCCUGUGAGGAACUUCACCAUCACUGUGGCAGACUCAUUAGGGUCAGGGGACGAUGAUGAGGACAACGGCUUGGAGGACUCAUCAGCUGAGAUUGAAAAUGACCAAGUUUACUUCUCCAGAGGUCCCUAUUGGACCCACACCCAGCGUAUGGAGAAGAAGCUUUACGCUGUCCCUGCAGGCAACACAGUCAAGUUUCGCUGCCCGGCGAUGGGCAGCCCAAUGCCAAGCAUCCGCUGGCUCAAGAAUGGACGUGAGUUUAGAGGAGAGCACCGCAUUGGUGGAAUCAAGCUACGACACCAGCACUGGAGCUUGGUGAUGGAGAGUGUUGUGCCCUCAGACAGAGGAAACUACACUUGCAUGGUGGAGAACAAAUAUGGCUCCAUCUCUCAUAGCUAUGUUCUUGAUGUCUUGGAGCGUUCCCCACACAGGCCCAUUCUGCAAGCUGGUUUACCUGCCAACACCACAGCAGUGGUAGGCAGUGAUGUUCAGUUCCACUGUAAGGUCUACAGUGAUGCCCAGCCUCAUAUUCAAUGGCUGAAACACAUAGAAAGGAACGGCAGUCGCUAUGGUCCUGAUGGGAUUCCCUAUGUUCAGGUUCUCAAGACUGGCAGUUUGAACAUGUCAGAUGUGGAAGUGCUCUACCUGUCCAAAGUCACCAUGGAGGAUGCAGGAGAGUACACGUGUCUGGCUGGAAAUUCAAUCGGAUUUGCCCACCAGUCUGCCUGGCUCACUGUCCUUUCAGAGGAGGAAGCUUCAGAAACUGUGGACACCAUGGAGACCAAAUACACUGACAUCAUCAUCUACGCCUGUGGAUUCCUGGCUUUGAUCAUGGCCAUCAUUAUUGUAGUGUUGUGCCGGAUGCAGAUCCAUCCCAGAAGGGAGCCAUUUGAUGCCCUCCCUGUCCAGAAGCUUUCCAAGUUCCCCCUUCGCAGACAAUACUCAGUGGAGUCCAACUCAUCCGGGAAGUCCAGCGCUUCUCUGAUGAGAGUGGCGCGCCUCUCGUCCAGCUGUUCCCCCAUGCUGGCUGGCGUCAUGGAGUUUGAGUUGCCCUAUGACCCAGAAUGGGAGUUCCCAAGGGAGAAUUUGACACUGGGAAAACCUCUCGGAGAAGGCUGCUUUGGUCAGGUAGUCAGGGCUGACGCCUACGGCAUCAAUAAGGACAGUCCAGACCAGGCCACCACUGUGGCGGUUAAGAUGCUCAAAGAUGAUGCCACAGACAAAGAUCUGGCAGACCUUAUCUCAGAGAUGGAGCUCAUGAAGGUGAUGGACAAGCACAAGAACAUCAUCAACCUGCUGGGAGUCUGCACACAGGACGGGCCUCUGUAUGUGCUUGUGGAGUAUGCCUCCAAAGGCAGUUUAAGGGAGUACCUGCGGGCCAGGCGACCUCCAGGCAUGGAUUACACCUUUGAUGUGACUAAAGUGCCCGAAGAGCAGCUCACCUUCAAAGACUUGCUGUCCUGUGCCUACCAGGUGGCCCGAGGGAUGGAGUACCUGGCCUCUAAAAGGUGCAUCCACAGGGAUUUGGCGGCCAGGAACGUUCUGGUGACAGAGGACAAUGUGAUGAAGAUUGCUGACUUUGGCUUGGCCAGAGGAGUCCACCAGAUUGACUACUACAAGAAAACCACCAACGGCCGUCUGCCGGUGAAGUGGAUGGCACCAGAAGCUUUGUUCGACAGGGUCUACACACACCAGAGUGAUGUGUGGUCAUUUGGUGUCCUCAUGUGGGAGAUUUUCACACUGGGUGGUUCCCCUUACCCUGGUAUCCCAGUUGAGGAGCUCUUCAAGCUGCUGAAGGAAGGACACCGAAUGGACAAACCCUCCAACUGCACACAUGAACUCUACAUGUUGAUGCGUGAAUGCUGGCACGCCAUUCCUAUCCAGAGACCAACAUUUAAGCAGCUGGUGGAGGAGCUAGACAAAGCUCUGCUGUCCAUCUCUGAUGAGUACUUGGACCUUUCAACGCCAUUUGAACAGUACUCCCCAUCAUGUGAGGACACAUCCAGCUCCUGCUCCUCUGAUAACGACUCCGUUUUCACCCAUGAUGCCUUGUCCACCGACCCUUGCCUUCUGGGCUACCAGGAUGUGCGAUCUCGGAUAGACAUGAAGGCAGCUCUCCGAUAGGCACCCAAACACAUCCACACAAACACAACAGCGUGGCGAGAAACCGCUUUGUGUUGUUGAGCAAACUAACAAGACUGCUGGUCACCAAACUGAAGGUCCACUGCUGCAUUUCUAAAGUUAAGUUAAAGAUUCUCAUUGGAUCUUCAUUAAGGCACCAGUCAAAGCUCUAAGAUUACGCAUAGGCAUUUGUACACACACACACACACACACAUUAACACAUACACAGUAAAUAUGCACAAGGAGCGCUGUGGCCAGUAGGCUUCAUUACAUUGUGGAGGUUUGGAGAGAAGGGUUUCAGCACGGCCUGAGGAACAAGCCGAGGAGGAGGACAAAAAAAAACAAACCUUUGGAGUCUCAGCUCUGGCACUGUGCCCAAAAAAACUAUUGUAACGCUGGAAAGCAUCGGCACUAAACACAACAAAAGAGACCCCGGUACUCGAAAAACCUUGAAGAGGCGGUGGACAAGGAUCUCCUACCACAAACCCAACACAAAACCAGGGCUAGAAACCUUGGUCAUAAAGACAAUUUAACAAAAACAAACAUAAAAGAUUUAUUUUGCUAUGGUUAAAAGGUAAGAAAUUGAUUGUUGAAUAUAAAUCUCUAUAUAAGAUUAUUUUACGUUUGUUUUGCUUAUUUAAAAAAGAAAACAGUCUUAACUCUCAGGAUUUCUCAUGCUAAGAAGUUGCUGUAGUGGCAGCAAAGUGCCUGAACUGAUGAUUUCCUGUGAAUAUAUUAGAAUAUUAAAAUAUUGUAUAUACAUAUCAACAGCAGAAAGACAAUUGCCUUUUAUAAGUUAUUCUGAAUGACACAGAAAUGAAGGUACUGGAUGCAAAACGAAAGAGGAAUUUUAUCUCAAAGUGCCAAAUCAGCUGCAGUGGUCACACUGUCUUCAUGUUCAGGUUUCUUUGCAAAAUACCACCAUACUCAUCUGUAUCCCACAGGCCUGAAGUCACGCCCACAUCCCAACCUAACGGCAGAUGGUGUUAAUAAUCAUCUUGCAAAAUUGAUUCCUUCAAACAUUCUGUAAAAAUAACCCUUGUUAUGUUGUUGCAAGACUGAAAAACAUAGUUUUCCAUUAGCAAUUUCAAUGCAAAAUGCUGUUUAACAGUCAGAAAAGUUACGGAUUGAUUUAAAUGCAGCUUGAACUUGGAAAAACUUGGAUUGAAACCCUCCAUUUAUCAUUUUGUAGCAGCCUGUUUAAACCUCCAGCCCAAAAUAACAGUUUAUAGUUAAAUACCAGAAGGCGGCCAGUUAUUGUUUCUGUUGCUGGACAAAGACCACAAAAACUUUUUGGAUGUUUUCUGCAUUUUUUUAAGUUAUAAAAUCAGUUUUUGAACUAGUCCCAAAGCUGCAAAAGCUAUGAGACAGACUCCUUUAUGCAUUAAACAAACACAUAAACAAUGACACACAAUUACGUGGUCUUCUAACAACAGCUCUGUUCUUUCAGUCUUCGCCCAACAUGAACACUUUGUUUAUGGAGCAUGGCUGUCCAGGGUGGGACUCCUAAAAGGAGGACGGACAGUUUAGCAUGAGGACUGUGGGGAGUUGGCCCAAGCCCACUGUCACUGCUGACAGGGAGGAGGGGGGAAGAGGGGAGAGAGGGGGGGACUCUGAAUGUGAAAGCCUGUGUGAUUGAUUUCAAAUAGAAGAGGAGGGGGAGGGACCCUCCAUUGUCUGGCUGUAACCCUUCACCCAGCUCAAUCUGUUGGCGAGGGGUCCACAGGUCCGCAGCCUGGCUGGACAAUGAAGGCUUCGCAGGCUUAAUGGGUGUGACUACAGACCAGAGGGAGUUAUGGGGGUGGUGUUGCGGGGUUAGCUUGGGCUUGUGUGCAAAUGAAGAGGCCCUUAUUAUGAUAAUGUCUCCUCUUCUCUGCCAAACAUCCCUAUCUUUAUCCCCACAGCCACCAUCUUUUAAAUUACAAAUCUUAAUUCAGAUCGACCAAUCUGGCUCUGCCACCAGGACCAGCUGUGGACUAUUCCCCUGUGGACCGAAAACUAACUGAGUCUCAGUCUGCCUCCUGACUCCGGCCCCAGACAAAACAAUUAAGAAACAAACAGAACAUCUUUUGUCAGUUGUGUGGACAGAGAUCUCCAACAAAGAGAUCAAACUGUGAUGAGUUGACAUCUUUCUGCAGCUCUGUGACUACUCAUAUGGCAGCUCAGUUUGGUCACCCAUCUAUGUUUGUGUCAGCGGCUCAAAGUCUCAUUUAAGAAAAAAGAAAGGAAGGUUUCAUUCCUGUUUGUCACUGAGGGGUUCUUCUAUUUGCUCUUCUCGUUUGUUUAAAUAUUAUGUUGUCAGUCAUCCUAUGGUCACAGUCGACGCUCGUACAUGUACAUCCACGGAGUGUCUUUAUACAUUCCAGUUGUCUGCUCUUUUCCCAGAUACCAACUGUAAAACAAUCGUUCUUAAACAUUUCCUCAAGAGAAUUAUUUUAGAAAUAUCUAAUUUAUUUGUUUAUUGUUUUGUUUUUAUAUGAAAUAAAGUAUAAUUUAAAAUAAA